CCAUAACGACCGCUACAAACCACCAGGAAGUGGAAUAACGUCCCCAAUUUAUCCCCCUUUUUUUAAUUUAAUUUUGGGGUUUCAUUUAUCUUCCUCUUCUCCGUCGUUGUCCUCCUCCUCCGCCUCCUUUCCUUUUCCAAGGCAGAAACCCUACUUACCCUCGCCCUCGAUCUUCGAGACGAGCUCGUGGAAUUGAUCUCGAUCAUGGCGUCGGCAUGUCGCCCGUCGUGUCCCAGCUCGCUCCAGAUACGGUUUGGCCUCAGGUGCAGGGAAUCCCCGCCCGUCCUUCUCCGUGUGCGGUUCCGUCCGCUUGAUCGCCGAUUUGGUCUGGUGUUCGCUGCCGGAGAGGCGGCCGGUGGGGAACGGAGAGGUGAGCCUUGGAGUGGCUCCAAUGGAUCGCCUGACUCCUUCGCUGGUUGGUCCGCCGAGGAGAAUGGCGGAGGGAAGCCUCCCGAGGAGGAAAACUUUGGGGGUGUGCUAGGAGCUGCACUUGCUGGGCUACUCUUUGCUGCCGGAGUUGCAUUUGCAACACUAUCACUUACUAGUAAGAGUAGUUCUGGAGCCAAGCAGGAGAUGCAACCACUAUCAAUGGAGCAGGAAAGACUAAUAAAUUCUGAUACGAAUGAGAAUCUUGAUCAAGAUUUUAUUCUUCCUUCAACGAUUAAUGAAGAAGCUAGUAAGAGCAUAUCUGAUGCCGAACACCAUAUAGAAGCUUCGCUUGUACACAACACUAAAUCAGCUGAUGUUGGCAGUGAUGCUACCGAGAGAGCUUCUGAUCAAGGUGAUCUUGAAAUGGUAGAAGACAUUGAUAAAAUUCCUGUACCAGCUGGGUUCAGUGCGAGUACACCCGAAUUGGAUGCACAUAUUAUUGAUUUUUCACCUGAUAGAUCAAAUUUGAAAGAUUUGGUUGGCACUACAUAUUCUGAGACGCAGGAGUCUGUGACGGGAGAUCUGGGCAUAACUAUCGCCCAUGAUGAUUUAAUUCAUUUGGACACUGUUUCGACAAAUCAUAUAACUAACUAUCAUGAUGGAAACACCAAACCUGCCGAAACUUCAAACUCUGAAGUCCAAUUAGAUCUCUUGGUUGGGUCUGACAGCCAGUUCAAAACUGAUUCUGUUGAUAAUUUGAAUACCCAAACUAAGGAUGUGGUAUUGAAUCCAGUGUCCGUUCAAGAGGAUCAAGAUUUUGCACAGAAUGAUAUGCAGUUUCCUAUUGAGGUUAGCACUUCAGAUCCACCAUCAUGCAACACACAUGAAAGUGGUCCACUGGAAACAUCUUUGAGUUUAGAUUUUGAUCAAAUCGAACAAUUGAUGCUUCAACCUGAUAGUAUUAGUUUUCCAGACGAGCAUAAGUUAAGCAAAACUGGGUCAUCUGUAUCACAUUUUGUAUCAAUAUCUGCAGAUCCCAAUCUAAAAGAACCUGAUACAGAGUUUGAUGGUCAAAUUGAUAGAAGCCCAUUGUCUGAGCCACAACUCAAUAAAGCUCUGUCUCAUUCUGGAAUACCUGCUCCAUGUCACAUCUCAGCAACUCAACAGUUAUCCCCUGGAAAAGUCUUGGUUCCUGCAUUAGUUGAUCAGGUUCAGGGGCAAGCAUUGGCAGCAUUACAAGUUUUGAAGGUUAUUGAGGCUGACGUUCAACCAGGUGAUAUAUGUACUCGUCGUGAGUAUGCUCGCUGGUUGGUUACUGCAAGCAGUAAUCUCUCAAGGAAAACAGUUUCAAAAAUUUAUCCAGCAAUGUACAUAGAGAAUGUGACUGAACUUGCUUUUGAUGAUGUUACGCCCGAAGACCCAGACUUUCCAUGCAUUCAAGGCUUGGCAGAAGCUGGACUAAUCUCCAGCAAGCUUUCAAGAACUGAUUUGGGUCACACUGUCAGUGAUCAGCAGGAUUAUAUUCUCUUCUCCCCUGAAAGUCCUGUGUCACGUCAAGAUCUCAUUAGCUGGAAGAUGGCUACUGAAAGAAGGCAACUUCCAGAAGUUGACAUAAACGACAUAUACCAAUGUUGUGGCUAUAUAGACAUCCAUAGGAUCAAUCCAGAUGCUUGGCCAGCUUUAGUAGCUGACUUGUCCUCUGGGGGACAAAGCAUCACAGCUCUUGCUUUUGGUUGCACAAGACUAUUUCAACCUGAUAAACCCAUCACAAAGGCUCAAGCUGCUAUUGCACUUGCAACUGGUGAUGCAGCAGAAAUUGUCAGCGAGGAACUUGCUCGUAUUGAGGCUGAAUCGCUGGCCGAAACUGCUGUGAGUGCAGAUGCAGCUUUGUUAGCUCAAGUUGAGAAAGAUGUUAAUGCAAACUUUGAGAAGGAGCUUGCCAAGGAGAGGGAAAAGGCAAAAGCUCUAGAGAAGUUGGCUGAAGAAGCAAAGCUAGAAUUAGAUAGAUUACAGGCUGAAAGAGAGGAAGAGCAUAUUGCUUUAAUAAAGGGGCAUGCAGUUGUUGAGUCUGAAAUGGAAGUCCUUUCAAGGUUGAGGCAUGAGGCGGAAGAGCAGUUACAGAGUCUCAUGAGUAACCAGCUGGAGAUAUCCUUUGAGAAGGAUAGGAUCAACAAACUUCGAAAGGAAGCAGAGAGCCAGAAUCAGGUUAUUGCCCAGUUACAGAGUGAGCUGGAGGUUGAGAGGAAGGCUUUAUUCAUGGCCAGGUCUUGGGCGGAGGAGGAGGCUAAACGGGCUAGAGAGCAGGCCAAAGCACUUGAGGAAGCCAAAGAGCGGUGGGAGGGGCAUGGAACUGUAGUCGUUGAUGCGGAUCUCGUGCGUGAUGCUGACGUUGGAACCGCUCUAGAACAGCCCCAAGUUGAUGAGACGAUUCAAAGAGGAGAAAGCUUGGUUGAGAAGCUUAAGACAAUGGCAGCUGAAUUAAGAAUUAGAUCUGCUGCUGUUAUCGAGAAGAUAAUUGAAAAGAUCAUCUCUUUGAUUGCAGCUUUGAAAUGGCAGGCUUCGGCGGCUUCUGAUCACACCAUGAAGCUUUGGGAUAAUGUAUUCUCCAAAGCUAAAAGUUCAGUAGAUGUGUUCCAUGAAAGCGCCUCUGGAUUCGGCUCAGUCGCUGCGGACAAAGCAAGGAGGAUAGUUGAAGAUUGCAAGGAAGGUGUAGAGAAGAUCACACAUAAAUUCAAAACAUAGGAGUCAUUAUUUUCCGCAUCUGUAAAUUGGUUGCGAUGGCCGACAAUAUAAGGAAACUAGUGAUCUAAAGUACCAGAACUACCUGGUUUUAGAGUGAGUUACUACAAAUUUAGUUCUUUUUAUCCUCACAAAUUUUGCCACAUUAUUUAACAUGGAAAAUGAUGAUUGAUAUGGAGAGCAAUUGGUGUGUGUUGGUUGAGACCA